GGGGCUGGUGCGGAGCGGCGUGGGCACUGGUCUCCAGCAGAGCACGGGGCGGCCCUUCCGCACGGCGCUGGGAUUCGGGGCCGCGGAGGCCGGAGCGCCGCUCCUGGUGGCCGCGGUCCUGAAACUUCCCCCUCCACCCUCCAUCCGCCUCGGGCCCACUGCCCCCGGCCCCUCCGGCGUCCCAGGCUCGCCGCCCCCUCCCCCAGUGCGAGCCGGGCCGGAAGGCGGCCGCCCCGUUUGACUCAGCCCGGGGCACGGGCGGCGCCGCCGGCGGGCUGGACAGCGAUUUCUGCGGCCCGCGCUGGCUGUGCGCGGUGGGGGAGCGAAGUUCGCAAACUUCCGGGCGCGGGGGCGGCGGCGGCCCGCGUGGGGCCCCUCGCAGCGACCGGGGGCCGACAGCCUCGGGAGGGCGCCGCGGAGCCCCGGUACAGGCCCGAUCGACGCCGGUAGCGAGCGUACAGUUAUGGCCACCCAGGUGAUGGGGCAGUCUUCUGGAGGAGGAAGUCUCUUCAACAGCAGUGGAAACAUGGGCAUGGCCUUACCCAACGACUUGUAUGACUUGCAUGAGCUCUCGAAAGCUGAACUGGCCGCCCCUCAGCUCAUCAUGUUAGCCAACGUGGCCUUGACCGGGGAAGUGAACGGCAGCUGCUGUGAUUACCUGGUUGGUGAGGAGAGACAGAUGGCCGAACUGAUGCCCGUCGGAGACAACAACUUUUCAGAUAGUGAAGGAGAAGGCCUUGAAGAGCCGACUGAACUAAAAGGUGACCCCAGUGGGCUGGAAAACAUGGAACUGAGAAGUUUGGAGCUAAGUGCGGUAGAACCCCAGCCCGUAUUUGAAGCAUCUGCCGCUCCAGAAAUAUACAGCGCAAAUAAAGACCCCCCUCCCGAACCGCCUGCAGCUGAGGACAAAUGCAAGAACUUGAAGGCCAAGCCCUUCCGCUGUAAGCCGUGCCAGUACGAAGCGGAGUCUGAAGAGCAGUUUGUACAUCACAUCAGGGUUCACAGUGCUAAGAAGUUUUUUGUGGAAGAAAGUGCAGAGAAACAGGCCAGAGCUAGGGAAAAUGGGUCUUCCCCGGCCGAAGAAGGCGAGUUCUCCAAGGGCCCCAUCCGCUGUGAUCGCUGCGGCUAUAAUACCAACCGGUAUGAUCACUACACGGCACACCUGAAGCACCAUCUGCGAGCUGGGGAGAACGAGCGUGUCUACAAGUGUAUCAUAUGCACGUACACGACAGUCAGUGAGUACCACUGGAGGAAACACCUGAGAAACCAUUUUCCUAGGAAAGUCUACACCUGUAGCAAGUGCAACUAUUUUUCAGACCGAAAAAAUAAUUAUGUUCAACACGUUCGAACUCAUACAGGAGAACGCCCUUAUAAAUGUGAACUUUGUCCUUACUCAAGUUCUCAGAAGACUCAUCUAACUCGACACAUGCGCACUCAUUCAGGUGAGAAGCCAUUUAAAUGUGAUCAGUGCAAUUAUGUGGCCUCUAAUCAGCACGAAGUGACCCGACAUGCAAGACAGGUUCACAACGGGCCUAAACCUCUUAAUUGCCCUCACUGUGACUACAAAACAGCAGAUAGAAGCAACUUCAAAAAGCAUGUCGAGCUGCACGUUAACCCACGGCAGUUCAACUGCCCGGUGUGUGACUACGCGGCUUCCAAGAAGUGUAAUCUACAGUAUCAUUUCAAAUCUAAGCAUCCCACCUGUCCGAGCAAAACAAUGGACGUCUCCAAAGUGAAGCUAAAGAAAACCAAAAAGAGGGAGGCUGACCUGCUUAGUAACGCUGCCAACAACGAGAAGACAGAGUCGGAGCAAACGAAAACAAAGGGGGAGGCAUCUGGGAAGAAAAACGAGAAACCCGUAAAAGUCGUGGGAAAAGAGGUUUCCAAAGAGAAGAAGCCUUGCGGCGGCGUCCCUGCGGCCCCGGCGACGCCCAGAACUCGCAAGGCGGCGGCCGAGACCAAGGCAGCCGAGGAGAAGAGCGCCGAUGGCCAAGCGGCAAGCAAUCCAGAAAAGCCCUGUAAAGCCAAGAAAAACAAAAGGAAGAUGGACGCUGAGGCCCACUCCCCGGGUGAGCCGGUGAACGAGGGACCAGUGGCAAAAAAGAAAAAGAAGACAGAGGGCAGAUCCAGAACCGGUCCCGACCUGCCGAAGGGCGGCGGCAGAGUGGAGGACAGGAAGGGGGACAGGGACCGGAAGCCCAGUGCCCCCGUCAAGAAAGCCGCAAAGAAGCCGCCUCUCAAGCCCAAGCCCAGUAAAAAAGGCGGCAAGGCUGCUCCGAAGGGGACCGCGCAGGGGGAGCCGCCCUCGCCCUCGCCCUCCCCGGGGCCUGCCCCCUCUCCGGCGGCCGGCGCCCUGUCAGGAUCUGCGUGCGCAGAGCUUCCCUGUCCCAUGGAAGUUGCUCCGACAGAGUCUGCCCAGCCGGGGCCUCCUCAGGAGGAGCAGCCUCUGCCCACGGAGCCGCCUGCUCCUGUGGCGCCGCCUCAGCUCCAUCCACCCACCUACACGGAGCCUUCCCCGGCCGCGGAGCCUGCUGAGACGGAACCUUCCGGGGCCAUGGAGGCUUCCCCGGAGGAACAGCCCCCCUGUAUGGAGGCUAUGGAGGCUGUGGAGGCUUCCCCGCCGGAGCCACCUCAGGUGGAGCCGCCUCCCAUGGAAGACGGUCCUGUGGAGCGGCCUUCUCCUGUGGAGCAUGCGCAGACUGAGGCUGCGCAGACAGCUCCCCCUCAGGUGGGGCCUGCCCCGGGGGCGCCCCCUGCCAUCCCGGAGCCGCCUCAAGUCAAGCCAACCAAAAGGUCGUCUCCGCGGAAAGACGGAGCAAAGGAGAGGCUGAGCAUGCUGAGCGAGAUGGCGCGGCAGGAGCGGGUCCUGAUGGAGGUCGGCUUGGUGCCUGUCCGAGAGAGCAGGCUCCUGAAGGAAAGCAAGCGCGCACAGGGCCUCCCAGCCCCGCCGCCAUCACCGCCAAAGGGGACCUCAAGACAAGAGACACCCAAGGACCAAGACAUGGUCUCUGACAGGGAAGGAGGUAAACUGUCUCCUCUCAAAGGAGCAGCGGGAGCCGGGGAGCGCCCGGCCGAGCCAGCUGCCCCCGAGGGGGCUGCCGGGAUUUCAUCCUCGGAACAAGACGCGAAGGUGCCCGAUGGUGAGACGGCACCCGAGGGCCACACUGGCGCCACUGAGGUGUGUGAAAUGGAAGUGGACGCCGAGCAGAAGGCAGACAGUGUCCCUGCCACAGACUCGGCCGUAGAGCCAGUGUCACCUCUCACCCCUGCGGCAGCAGAGCGGGAAGCAGCGACUCCAGCGGGAGUGGCCUCCCCUCCGGUCACCUUGGCUGAAAACGAGUCUCAGGAAAUUGAGGAAGACGAGGGCAUCCACAGCCAUGAUGGAAGUGACCUGAGCGACAACAUGUCCGAGGGCAGCGAUGACUCGGGACUGCACGGGGCUCGGCCGGCGCCCCAGGACGCUGCGCCGAAGAGUGGAAAGGCAGGGCUGGCUGCUAAGGUGACUGACGGAGAGUUCGUUUGUAUUUUCUGUGACCGUUCUUUUAGAAAGGAAAAAGAUUACAGCAAACACCUCAAUCGCCAUUUGGUGAAUGUCUACUUCCUUGAAGAAGCAGCUGAGGAGCAGGAGGAGCAGGAGUAGCUGAGCCUGGGGAGAAGCGCCGUGCGGACUUUGUGAGCAUGCCUCUAAUUUUAGUUUGACUGUAGAUAAACACAAGCUUGCUUUAAUAGUCUCCAGGGCUGAGUUUUCAGUAACAUUCUUGUUCUUAGGACUGUACAUCUAUUUAGUGAGUGUUUCAUAAAUAAAUCCUAGCAAAUCCUACGGAGUUCGUGUAAGAAAACAGAUCUGUAACUAGCUCACGAGUCAGGUGAAAGGAGAAGGGUAAGGUGGUGGGACACGCCGCGCCUUGGCCGCCUCCAACCUGUCAGGUUUUCUCUUCACUGUAAUUCCUAAUUCUUAGUUCUUUGUUUAGAUUGAUAAAAAUUGGCUUAGUAAAUUACUUGAAGAAUUUGCCUGCUUUAUAUAAAUAAAGUUAGCACUUUACGGUUUCUUUAGAGAUGAAAAAAAGAUUUAAAUUGGAGAGAAUUUCUCAACAUUGGACGUUGUAUCUGUCCAGGUAAUUGCUUCCUAACUUGCUAUCAAUAUUUUGUGUUAUAUGUUAAUCGUUAUAAAAAGUGAUUUUUGGUAUUUUUUAUUUUGGUGCUUUUCUGGCUUAAGAUGUUGCACAUGGUUCUUGUUUUUGUUUCUUUAACCUAUGCAGUUAAUCUCCCUUCCCCCCAGAAGCAGCAUUGUGUUAAAUAGUAACACUCUAGACAUAUAUAUGCAUGAUUUUUGUUUUUGUUUUUUCCUUAUUGGAGGGAUGCUUUUAGGGCUUGUUUGCAAAGGGCCAUUUUCAUUUUCUUUGCUGCAAUUGUCUUUUUUGCAGAACAAUAGUGUGUGCAAGUUUAUAAGCAAUGGAACAUGCAGGUUCAAUCCAUUGUUUGGGUUUUUGUUUUGUUUUCUUGUCUUUUUUAUUUUAAAUUUCACCUCUUAUCUAUGCCGGAAUUGGUUUCAUAUAAGUUAUUUUGAAUGGUGAGGAUAUGUGUAAUUCCACAGCUUUCCAGUCUGAUUUUUUUUUCCAGAUGCAUAUUGAACAAAAUUUGUCUCAAAAAUCAAUCACCAGAGUUAUUUUGCUGUUUCUAGCUUAUUAGAGAGUGAUCAUCCUCUAAGGAGUUUUUUCAGUAGAUGGUUGAUGUUGGGAUGGCUGCUACUCUACUGAAUAGAGAAUUCCAGGUGAUAUUUGGAAGCAGCAAACCUGCCACGAGACGUGAUUAUCCUUCAGACUGUAGACUAUCAGUUGUGAGAAAGCCAUUGUGGUCACAUGACUAGUCUAGUUGAAAGUGCUGAGUUCCAGCAAGCAGCUGCUGCUUCUUCCAGUGAGUGCUGAAAAGGCUGAUGAUAACUAAGUACAGGCCAGAUUUUAAGUAUCAUUUUCUCAGGGAUCUCCACAAACUAGUGGGUGUCCUCGCUGUCCCUGUGAGACAGCCUCUGUACAGGAGAGGCCUUAAGUGAAUUGUAGCUGUCCUGAUGUUCUCCAAGGGACACUGUAUGAGAACUCUAGAACAGGUUCUCUGUGUUCUCCAGAGUAUGAAAAAACCCAACGUGUACUUUUCUUACUGGUAGUAGUAAAUUAAGUGAUCCCAAUAGGGAUUUGUGACAUUUUGAUGGAAUAACUUCUGUGUAUUUCAUUUAUUUUACCUGGCGAUCUCUGAGCAGGCUUCAGAUUUUGACAGUUCAUGAAAGAUAUGACAAGCAUUAAUGUGUGGGUGAAAAGCUUGGUGAAAUUCUGAGUGAAGUUUUAUUUUUAGUUGGUUAAACUUGGAAUUGACUGGGAGGCCAAAGAUUUAAAAAGCAGAAGAUUUUCUCAAGACACAAGUUGUGUGAUAAUGGUGUGUGUUUUGUGUGUGUGCAUGAGACUUUGUAAAUGUUGAAUUCUAGGCUCCGACAAUCAUUGUAGUGCAGAUCAGACUGCAAGUAUUUAUGUUUAAAAUUUAAAUUAUAAAGCUAGUUAAGUCUUUCUAACAACUAGUUUUAAUGUUCAUGAGCAGACUUUGCCUACAUUACCUUUUCAAGAUGUUGAACAAGAUGCUUCCUCAAGCACAGGUUGGAGGCUGGGAGCUGGCUGGUUCUUAGGAAGAGGUCUUUGUGGAUUCUUUGUUACAAAGGAAAACAAUGCCUUCUGGGAAUUGACUAAGUUUUAAAAUCCAGUCUUUAAGAUUAGAAGUAAAAGAGAAAAAACAAAAAUACAAGGGAAAUUAAAACCUUAUUAAGUUAGUCUUUAAAAGCAUUGUUACCUGAAAUUGAGUGGGACUGUUGAGGGCUUUCUUCCAGAAAACAAGGACUUGGUCCUCAGGCCUAUAUUAGGCCUGACCCUUGGUGCCAUGUAUUUGUACUUAAAAUCAUUUCAGUUGAAAGUAUCUUAGUGAUUGAAACUUCUAGUACAGUUGGGAGUUCUUCCAUUUGAAAACUGUGAUACUUGCAUGGGAUUGUUUGAAUCUUGUUUUCUAGUCUCUCCCCUUCCCUAUCACUACCCUCAUAGUCUGAAGGUAGAUUUUUAUCUUGAUAAAGGAACACAAAAAUGAACAUCUUACUUGUAAAUUGAUAUCUAGUAACUAGUGAUAAACUUGAAAUGGUAGAAUUCUUUACAGCCUAAUCCUAGGUAGCCUUAGAGAAAUGUAUCUUAAUUAUUUUUGAACCCGUAUUCACCUUGUCUUUUCAAAAUAUCUUAAGUUAUAUUUUCUUUUUCAGAGCUGCUUUUUAUUUUGGGGUUACUUUUUUUUUUUUAAUUGAGGCGUAAAUCAUAAAAGGCUACAUUGCUUUGAUGAAACUUUUUACAACUUCAUCAGGUUGUCUUUCUCUAGUCUUCCAAGAAGGGUCAUUUUGCUUUUUUAGAUUUACUUUUAAAGUCCUCACAUGGUCUACUUCAAGUGUAAAGUAAUGCAGAGUCAAACCCAAGCUCACCUCUUGAGUUUCACUCUGAAUGUGGAACUCUGAAUGUGGAAACGGAAGGAACUUGCUUGUUACUUGUAAACUGAAAUGCUGAAGAAACUCUUGUUUUCUUUGCAGAAAAUCAAAGGUGUUUCUAGGGUUUCCUGGUUGACUGAGCACAUGAGGUGAGCUUGAUAGUCUUAGCUCAGAAUGAUCUGAUUGUGUAGAUUUACAGUCUGUACUGCUGGCUGCGUGUGAGAGCUUCUACAGUUCUGUGUAUGUCCCAUAGGCUCCAGGCUUCAUUAGUUACUGAACUCUUAAAACUGGUAUUUUGACAUUGCAACAAUGUUUUGCGCCAAUUUUAUAAACCUUUACAGUGCAAUAUGUGUUACUUUUCUGAGGCAAACCAAAGGUAUAUUUCUCAAGGUCCUGCUGCCUUCAGCAGCAUUUGAUGGAGGAUUUUUUUAUACAUUUGUAAUAGAUAGAGAUGAAACAGAUUGCAGUUUGUUUUUUGUUAUUUUUUUUUUUUUAAUUGUAAACCAUGUACCAAGUUUCUGGUCAAGAUUGUGUAGGAUAAGUUAAACAAUUGCAUUCUAUUAACCAAGAUGAGUGUAUUUCUUAUGCAUAUAGUUACAUUGAAAUAAAGUUUUCAAAACUAUCA